AUGGCUAGUCAAUUUCCUCCUUCAUCUCCAAUUGGCGCAAGAAAUUAUACAUUUGAUAGUCAUGCUACUGGUAGUAAUGAAAACAUGAAUAGUUCUUACAUACAAAGCCCAUUACCUUUAAAGAAACCAUUAGAUUUUGCCGUUCAAACCAAAUAUAGUCAUAAAAAAAUGACUAGUAAAUCUGGCUUCAAAGAAAAAGUUGUUCCAUUGCUAUUAGAUGAAUUGACUUCUUUAAACAAUAAUAAUAAUAAUAAUAAUAAUAAUAAUAGUAAUAACAAUGAUUAUCCAACUCCAAACCCUUCUUCUACUAUUGGGAAUUCUUCUCCAAUUUCAAAACAAUAUAACUAUCAGUCUUCUCCAGUUCAUUCUAACCCAACAUCAUUUAAUAAUUUGUCUCCAAUUAAGAAGUCACCCACCUUUAAUUUUAAAAAAAUAGAAUCUAAUUUAUUUCAAUUGAACUUAGACCCUUUGGAUUCAACUAACUUAUUCAUUGGUAGAAAAUCGAAGCAGGUUGAUAUUACUUUACCAAGUAAAAAAAAUAUUUCGAGAAAGCAUGCUAUCGUCUCAUAUUCAAAAUUGAAUAACAAGAUUACCUUGAAAUGUUUAGGUUUAAAUGGGUUAAUCAUUACUUUACCAAAGAAAUUGUCUUGUAAUCUAAUUAAAAGAAAUUUAAACAAAGAAAUUUAUGAAUUAUCAACUGCACCAUUAUUAAAUAUCUUUAGUGAAGAUACAAAACAAAACUCUACUGUCACCGAGAAACCAUUAGUUAGAUCUCGCGAUGUCACAUCUUUUGUUCUUUUAAAAGAUGAAACUGUAAUUAUACCUUAUAUUAAAAAUACAAUCGUUGAUUUUAGACAAAUAAAAAUUUCAAUAUCAUUAUCUGAUGAAAGUCAUUUAAUUUCAAAAAUUGAUAAUGAUUCUAUUUCUGACACUACAGAGAAUACAGUAUCUGUUACAAAUGGCGAAGUCACUAAUAAAUUAAAGGCUAAUUAUGAUUGCAGAAAAAAUCUAUAUAAUGAUAUUAUUAACAGCCCAAUCACUUCAUCUCCAAUGGCUGGAAGUGUGCCACUGAAGAGAACAAUUGCAGAUCCUCAAUUUUCUUCCCCACCUGCAUUAUUAAAGAGAAAUAAGCAUACUAGUCUGUCUGCUAAUUCUUCUAUUGAUACUUCAUCACUUUCUUCUUUACCUGUAUCUCCAAUAAAAUAUACUUCAUCCAAUUCAAAUAUUAUUUCUCCAUUCAAUUCUGUCGAUAGAUCAAGAGCACCUUCUCCUAAAUUGAAUAAUGUUAUAGAACCAAAAGAUACAAAUAUCGCUUCAAUUACCCCUAUUCCAAGUUUUGAUUUAACAAAAAAGAAAAAGAAAGUUCCAACAGUUUCAGCUUCUUCUAUAAUAUUAUCAAAAAAUAUAAAACCGAAUCAAAAUCUAAAAGAAUCCUCUGCAGAUCUAUUAACUAGAAAAUUAAUGGAACCAAGUAAUUCUUUAAAAAAGGCUGAUUCUAUAAAGCAGCUAAAACAAGAGAAGGCUAAACCUCAGUCAUCGUUACUAUCGAAUUCUUCCUCAUCAUCUCUUUUACCUCCUAUACAGCAAACCAUCAAAGCUAAAUCUCAAGAUAGACCAACUCCAAGAAUUGAAACUUCUAAAACUCCAAUCAAGUCCAAAUUAGAAAAUGAUAUUAAAACAUUAAAACGUCAUGCCAUUGAUGAACUAACACAGAACACAAGAAAGGAUAAGGAUACCCAUCUUUUAGUUCAUGAUAAAAAUGCCAAAAAAGAAUCAUCUAUUAAUUCUAAAUCAAUUACCACUCCAAUCAUUAGCAACACAGACACUAAAAAGAAUCCAUCUGUCAAAGUUAAAAAAUCUAACGAAGAAAUUAUAUCAGAAAUGGAAAAAUCCGGAGUUGUUAUUGAAGAUUUACAAAAUAUUCUAAUCAACUAUUUGGCUUAUGGUAAUGUCCAGCAAAUUCCAUUAUUCCAACUAGCUAAAGUGAAUAAGCAAAUCGCAACUUUAAAGAGAUCACAAGUGCGUGCAUUAUUGGCAAAAUCAUCCAACUGUAUUGGUGUAAUUUAUCGUAGCGGUAAAGAUGCAGCAGGGAAACCUCUUGAUGAAGAGUAUUAUUACGAUUUGGAAAAUGAUUCAAAUCAAGAGAGAAGAAAUUUGGUUUUAUCAUUGAAAGGUGGGCGUACAGGUUUAAGAUCUUGUAGAAAAACUCAUAAACAAUAUUUCUGGAAAAAGCCAAAAUAA